ACAAUGCUGGAAGGGCUUGUCACGCAUCGCGUGUGGAUACUUGUGUCGCUGCGUGUGCUGUGGUCUCCUAUCCUUCUGUUGUCCACGAGCAUCUCUUGUAUUCGAGGAUGACAUUUCGGAGUGGCGUCAGUAGCAGCGCCAGUGUCGUGGGCCCUCCCCAGUCCCUUUCAUUGGCGGAUGAGGUGUACAACCUGUCGUUGAAGCUGGCAGAGCUGCGGUGGCAGUCGGCGGGCAAGGUCGACGCCUUGCGAUGUGUGGCGCAGGGUGUUCCCGAGCUUCAGCAGGCGUUCAGGCCGCUGCAUGCUGCGGUGGAAGCGGGCUUAGCCGAAUGCCACCAAGCUAAUCUAGCGGUGAGCUACCUACAUGACUUGUGCCGCGAGAUGGGAAUGUUUUGUUUCCGCAAGCAGCAAAUAGGGGUACUAGUGCCACUAGAGUACGACCAUGAUUUGCCGGUGUGUUCGGUGUGUGCCGUGACUCAGGCGGUUUUCGGCCGACGAGCAGCGACUCCGCGCGGAUUGCUUGGCGCCCUUCCUCUCGGCGAGAACGGGCGCGGUGCUGUCGGCGUCGGCGGGAGGGAACAGGGUGGGGGCGGGGUUGGGGGCCGGACCGCAGCGGCGGCGCGGCAUCUAGCCGCGGCGCUGUCGGCGCUCGACGGAGACGUGCGCGCGGCGGCGCUGCUGGCAGAGCAGGGCGAUAGCUUGAGGUGGGCGGGGUGGAAACCAGCGACGGCGAGCGCACCCGCUGCGCAGCCUCCCCUGGCCUCUGCCCUGGCCCUCUCUCGUCCGGAGCGUGCCGCACCGCCGAGCUCUGCCGCCGCUGGCGGAGGCGGUAGCGGCGACCGCAGCCCGGCUGGGAGCUGCAGCAGCAAGGAGACCGGAGAAGGGUACGACGGCGACCCCCGCGAGGACUGGGCCAUGAGAGUGUUCCGCGCACGCGGUGGCGUAAGCUGUACCAAUCCCCGCACAGCCCCCCCCGCCGCCGCCGCCUACGCUCCCGCUGGUGCCGGCGCUCGGCCGUCCUCCAGCCUGGUCGUAGUCAAGGCCCUGAGGACAAAUUUGCCGACGGUCCCCUGGCCGCCAGCACCAGCGGCCUCGGACAACGGCGCCACCCCUACGGCAAGCGAUCGCGGAGGCCGGGGAGGAGGGCCGUCGGCGGUAGUACCGGCGGGAAGGGGCGGCGCUUGGCGCGGCCCGCUGUCUUGGCUGACCGGGGGUCGCCGAGCCGCUGCCGCGGCGCCCGACGAGUCGGCACCUCGCGCGGUCGCCCGGCCGCCGGCACCGUCGCUCCCGCGCCCCCCAAGAGUGGUCGUGCGGGUUGUCUACUCUGCCCUCGCGCCAGACAUGCUGCGGCUUGUGACGGAGUCGGAUCAGCGAGGGGUCGCACCGAAAGCUGCUGCCGUCGAUGCCGAUGUCGGCCGAGACACCGGGGCGGCGCAAAGAGGUCAGGACGGCCUGGGCCUCGACGAGGCUAGGAGCGGUAGCAGCGCCUCGGUGGAGCUACUUCGGAGUGAGGUUCGGGUUCGACACGUUGGCUUGGUGGGCGCCGCAUGCGCUGGGGCUGGGGAAGGGGAGAGGGCACCCCGUGCUGCUGGCGAUGAGGAGUUUGAGCCGGGGCCGGAGUCGUGCCCCGUUAUGCAGCUGCAGAACAUCCACGGAGUUGUCGGGGAACGGCGCCGCGGCAGGCGGGACUGUCGCGGUGGCGAGAGUCCCACGGGCGGUGGCCGAAGCAGCGGGGUCGGAGAGGAAGUGGGCGGAAGCGCUCGGGGAGACUCUACCACCGGCGGGUGUGGUGCUUCGGGCCUUGGUGCCCGUGGUAACGCUCGAGGGGAUCGAGCCAAAGACAUUGUUCCUUCGGAAUGGGGGGAUGCGCCGGUGGGGCUCUGUCCGCCGGAAGCUUCCGCAGAGAGGGGGUGUAAGCUCAAAGUUGGAACAGCCCACCUUCUGGGGGUCAACAUUGCUCUCCCUGCGGCUCCAGCGCCUCGGCUUGGCCCCCACCAUCACCCACGGCCACGGCGGUGGCGCGAUGCCACUCUCGAAAUGGCGUCGGACACACUACCUCCGCCUCGCAAUAGUAGCCCAUACGGAACCGCAGACGCCACAACCACAUCCCCAAUGCCGGUAUCACCAAGCGGAUCAGGGUCUGACUACGGCGAGGGUGGCAUAGCGGGGGAGGGAGGCCGCGUGCGGCGGGGCGUCGACUCCCGGCGUUGGUGGACCGGCUCGGUGCAAGAGGACGAAGGACGCCGAUCGUCUAGCGGCAAGAAGCGGCCGAGGCCCGAGCCCGUCGAAGAAGCGGUGGUGGCUGUUCCAGCGGAUCGACGAGGUGGCGGUGCCCGGGGCGACGAGGUAGAGGUGGGCCCUCGACGGGUUGGAGAGGGAAGGAGGCGUGAGGCGACGGCGGCGGCGACCCGCGCCGAUGCCACCACCGGCGAACGCCACCCGUGCCCCCCCGGUGGUGGUAGUGAUGCGCCAGGCGACGAAGAGAGAAAGGAAGAGGCAGAAAGAGCCAACAAGAGGAGGAAGAAGGCCGGGUGGGGCUGGGGGCUUCUCCGCCUUUGGAAUAGAUCAGGACAGCGCCACGACGACGAUGACCACCACCACGUUGGCGCCGCUUGCCCCGGUGCUGAUGGAACCUCGACCGCCGUGCCUCCCCGAGACCGACGGCAGGAAACCCGGCAGUCAUCCGCGAAAGCUAGCUGCGCCAGAACAGCCGAGAGACGCAGCGACGAGCAGCGGGACCAGGAGUGCCACGAGGUCGAGCACGGCUACGGUGAUGGACUACUGGGGAGCGCCCGCGCGGACCGGGGGUGGGUCAGAGAUAUCUCGCGCGAUCGGGGCAGGGACAGGGCUCCUGCUGCUGCUCCGCCGAGGAGGUCACCAUUGGUCAUCACCGUCGUCCUAGCACCGCCGCCACCACCGCCGCCGCCGCCGCCGCCGAUGUCGCCUUCGUAGUGCCUGUCGCCGUUCGUCGGCCGCAUCUGCCCACGCAGCCGGUUUUCAUGUUGUUGCGUUGCCAUGCAUUCUGGGGUUAUAUUCCUCGGCCCUUCGGUUCCGCCGCGCCGACUUUUGACGCAGCUGUCGAGCGUUGCCUGCUCGCCGGAAGUGUGCCGACUACUGCUGUAUCGAUGCGGAGAGUCUCGUCGGAGAACCGCCGCCCCGGGCGGAAAGAACGAGACGCGGGGUGCGCUGCCUGCGGAGCUGAGAAACUCACAACGUCUGGAAGAACGGCGUCCUCGGACAAUGGUUGUGAACGAAAUAGCUCUCUCGCUCUGUGCUCGUGCAGAUAUCUCUCAGCCUGCUCAGGGGGCCUACGGCCAGCGUUGGUAGGCACGAUGGGGCAGGUUUUCUUCCACGAACGGGCAACGUUGGGGGAUGGGAGAGUGCACGAUGUGGACGGAGAACCCGUCGGUGGCUCGCAACACGGAGGGGGGUGCCUGCGGCGGCGGAAUAUCUGUGAAUACCGUCUUCAUGUGAUGCUCAAGUCAAGGCCAUCGCGGUAGCAGCUAUAUCAGGAGUGUUGGUAUAUGAAGGUGUCAUAUGGUCUGUUGCCGG